UAACGUACAUAACAGAGUGCAGAGAGAGAGAGAGAGAGAGAGGAUUGUAAAACAAACACCAAAGUGAAGAAAAAGGGAGAAGAACAAGCAAAAGAAGAUGACACCAUUAAUGAGACCCCAACUACCAUUUUAAUGGACAGCAAUCAGCUACUUCACAUUUCACAUUUUUACACACACACACACACGAGAAAAACAUACUCGUCAAAAUCCAUACAUUAAAAUAAUACUCUCCCUAUCUAUUUGUGUUGGUUGAGGCUUAUCUCGCUCACAAAAUUAUAGGGUUUGUUUUCUGUCAGAUCUAACGACGCUAAUAAUAUUCUAAAUGUGGAAUUCCGCGGAGAAUGCGUUUGCAAGAACAUCAUCGUUUCGGGAGCAAGGGGAAGACGAGGAAGCUCUCCGUUGGGCUGCUCUAGAGAGACUUCCUACUUAUGAUCGAGCACGGAGAGGUAUUUUCAGGAACGUAGUUGGAGAUCAUAAAGAGAUUGAUGUAAGUGAGCUUCAAGCGCAAGAGCAGAAACUUCUACUUGAGCGCUUGGUCAACUCCGUUGAUGAUGAUCCUGAGCGCUUCUUCGAUCGGAUACGCAAGCGUUUUGAAGCAGUCGAUUUGGAGUUUCCAAAGAUUGAAGUUCGAUUCCAGAAUUUGACAGUUAAUUCUUUUGUACAUAUUGGAAGUAGGGCACUUCCAACCAUUCCCAAUUUUAUUUUCAACAUGACUGAGGCUUUAUUGAGGCAGUUGCGGAUUUACAGAGGAAACAGGAGCAAGCUAACAAUUCUAGAUGAUGUUUCUGGGAUUAUUAGACCUUCAAGAUUGACACUUCUGUUGGGUCCUCCAAGCUCUGGAAAGACAACGCUACUCUUGGCUCUCGCUGGACGUCUUGGACAUGACUUGAAGGUGUCAGGGAAAAUUACUUAUAACGGGCAUCGUGUAAAUGAGUUUGUUGCUCCAAGGACGUCAGCAUAUGUCAGUCAACAGGACUGGCAUGUGGCAGAGAUGACUGUACGAGAAACUCUAGAGUUUGCAGGACGCUGUCAAGGUGUUGGGUUCAAAUUCGAUAUGCUUUUGGAACUUGCGAGAAGAGAGAAGAUUGCUGGGAUUAAACCUGAAGAAGAUCUUGAUAUAUUCAUGAAGUCUUUGGCUUUGGGAGGGCAGGAGACAAGCCUAGUGGUGGAGUACAUUAUGAAGAUUUUAGGGUUGGAUAUAUGUGCUGACACGUUGGUGGGUGAUGAAAUGCAUAAAGGGAUCUCGGGGGGGCAGAAGAAGAGGCUCACGACAGGUGAAUUGCUGGUUGGUCCAGCUAGAGUAUUAUUCAUGGAUGAAAUUUCAAAUGGGCUUGAUAGUUCAACCACUUAUCAAAUCAUCAAAUAUCUUAGGCAUUCCACUUGUGCCCUUGAUGGGACUACUCUGAUUUCUUUGCUUCAACCUGCUCCCGAGACUUAUGAGCUAUUCGAUGAUGUUAUACUUCUAUGUGAGGGACAGAUUGUGUACCAGGGACCCCGCGAUAAUGUUCUUGAUUUCUUUGCCUAUAUGGGCUUUCGUUGUCCUGAAAGAAAGAAUGUGGCAGACUUCUUGCAAGAAGUUACGUCAAAGAAGGACCAAGAGCAGUAUUGGUCUGUUGCUAACCGCCCAUAUAGGUACAUACCUCCAGGGAAGUUUGUUGAAGCUUUUCGUUCAUAUCACACUGGUAAAAGUUUGUCUCGGGAGCUGGAAGUUCCUUUUGAUAAACGAUAUAAUCAUCCAGCAGCGUUGUCAACUUGUCGUUUUGGUAUGAAGCGGAGUGAACUUUUGAAGAUCAGCUUUAACUGGCAGAAACUACUGAUGAAACGAAAUUCUUUUAUCUAUGUUUUCAAAUUUAUUCAGCUAUUUAUUGUUGCUUUGAUCACAAUGAGUGUAUUCUUCCGGACAACAAUGCAUCAUAAUACAGUAUUCGAUGGAGGCCUGUAUGUUGGGUCACUAUACUUUUCGAUGGUCAUUAUUCUUUUUAAUGGCUUUACAGAGGUGUCAAUGUUGGUAGCUAAGCUUCCUGUGCUCUACAAGCAUAGAGAUUUGCACUUCUACCCAAGCUGGGCUUACACAAUUCCUGCUUGGGUCCUAAGUAUACCAACUUCACUCAUGGAGUCUGGUCUGUGGGUAGCAGUUACAUACUAUGUGAUGGGAUAUGAUCCUAAUAUUACAAGAUUUUUCCGGCAAUUCUUGUUAUAUUUCUCUCUGCACCAAAUGUCUAUAUCACUAUUCCGUGUCAUUGGAUCGUUGGGCCGUCAUAUGAUAGUUGCUAACACCUUCGGAUCUUUUGCCAUGUUGGUUGUCAUGGCUCUUGGAGGAUACAUCAUUUCAAGGGAGUAUAUCCCAAGCUGGUGGAUAUGGGGUUUCUGGGUUUCUCCUCUGAUGUAUGCUCAAAAUGCAGCUUCAGUAAAUGAAUUCCUUGGACAUUCUUGGGAUAAGAAAUUUGGGAAUGAUACUAGCAUUUCAUUAGGCGAGGCAUUACUCAAAGCACGCAGCUUGUUUCCUGAGAGCUACUGGUAUUGGAUUGGGGUUGGUGCUUUGCUUGGAUAUGCAGUUUUAUUCAAUUCCUUGUUUACUCUCUUCCUAGCUCACCUUAAUCCUUUGGGGAGGCAACAACCUGUUGUCUCCAAGGAAGAGCUUCAAGAGAGAGAGAAAAGAAGGAAAGGUGAAAAUGUUGUUAUUGAACUGAGAGAGUACUUGCAGCAUUCAGGCUCAUUUAAUGGAAAGCACUUCAAGCAAAAAGGCAUGGUUCUCCCAUUUCAACCGCUUUCCAUGUCUUUCAGCAAUAUCAAUUACUUUGUGGAUGUCCCUUUGGAGUUGAAGCAACAAGGAAUAGUAGAAGAGAAAUUGCAGUUAUUAGUUAAUGUUACUGGAGCAUUUAGACCUGGUGUGCUUACAGCACUUGUUGGAGUCAGUGGUGCUGGAAAAACGACCCUCAUGGAUGUUUUAGCUGGUAGGAAAACUGGUGGGGUCAUAGAAGGGAACAUAUAUAUAUCUGGUUAUCCCAAAAGACAAGAAACUUUUGCAAGAAUUUCCGGUUACUGUGAGCAAAAUGAUAUUCAUUCUCCAGGCUUGACUCUUCUUGAGUCACUCCUUUUCUCUGCGUGGCUUCGGUUACCAUCAGAAGUUGACAUGGAGACCCAACAGGCCUUUGUUGAGGAGGUGAUGGAACUUGUGGAGCUUACUCCUUUAGCUGGGGCAUUGGUUGGUCUACCUGGAGUAAAUGGUCUCUCGACAGAACAAAGAAAAAGGUUAACAAUUGCUGUUGAACUGGUCGCUAAUCCAUCUAUAGUGUUCAUGGAUGAGCCCACAUCAGGAUUGGAUGCAAGGGCUGCAGCCAUUGUGAUGAGGACUGUGAGGAACAUUGUCAACACUGGGCGGACAAUUGUCUGCACAAUCCAUCAGCCCAGCAUAGACAUCUUUGAAUCCUUUGAUGAGCUUUUGUUUAUGAAGCGUGGAGGAGAGCUAAUUUAUGCUGGUCCGCUUGGUCCCAGGUCUUGUGAGCUCAUCAAAUACUUUGAGGCAGUUGAAGGGGUGCCAAAAAUCAGGCCUGGAUAUAAUCCUGCUGCCUGGAUGCUUGAAGUUACAUCCUCAUCAGAAGAAAUCCGUCUGGGCGUGGACUUUGCAGAAAUAUACCGAAGAUCAAGUCUAUUUCAGUGGAACAGGGAAAUGAUUGAAAGUCUAAGCAAGCCAAGUAAUAACACAAAAGAGUUGAAUUUUCCAACCAAGUAUGCUCAGUCAUUUCUUGAGCAGUUUCUAGCAUGUCUUUGGAAGCAACACUUAUCUUAUUGGAGAAACCCACAAUAUACUGCGGUUCGGUUCUUCUAUACUGUUGUAAUCUCAAUAAUGCUUGGAACAAUAUGUUGGAAAUUUGGAUCAAAAAGGAAGAAUGAUCAGGAGCUAUUCAAUGCCAUGGGAUCCAUGUAUACAGCAGUCUUGUUCAUUGGAAUUACCAAUGGAUCUGCUGUUCAACCCGUUGUUUCUAUUGAAAGAUUCGUGUCAUAUCGAGAAAGGGUUGCAGGAUUGUACUCAGCUCUACCCUUUGCAUUUGCUCAGGUUGCUAUUGAGUUCCCCUAUGUGUUUGCACAAACAAUUAUUUACUGUUCAAUUUUCUACUCCUUAGCCGCAUUCCAGUGGACUGCUCUGAAAUUUAUUUGGUACAUGUUCUUUAUGUACUUUACCAUGUUAUAUUUCACUUUCUACGGAAUGAUGACGACUGCUAUCACGCCGAAUCACAAUGUGGCCGCCAUUAUUGCUGCUCCGUUUUACAUGCUCUGGAAUCUUUUCAGUGGCUUUAUGAUUCCUUAUAAGAGGAUCCCUAUAUGGUGGAGAUGGUAUUACUGGGCAAACCCUAUAGCAUGGACUCUAUAUGGCCUUUUGACUUCACAGUAUGGUGAUGAUGAUACGCUCAUGAGGGUGUCAGAUAGGGAUGGCUUGGUACCUGUAAAGCAAGUGCUAAGGGAAGUUUUUGGAUUUAGGCAUGAUUUCUUGGGUGUAGCGGGUGUCAUGGUUGUCGGUUUCUGUGUGUUUUUCGCAGUCAUUUUUGCUUUUGCGAUAAAAGCUUUUAAUUUCCAGAGGAGAUGAAAGGGUGGCUUUGUGAGUUAUUAAAUAAACGUGUUUCAAAAGCGUUCCAUGCGAGACUGGAACAAGUGGGCUAAUUGCUACUGAAAAAUGCAUGCAUUAAAUUUGUGACUCUAAUGAGUGAAUCAUUUGGAGUGAAGAUAACAAUUAGUCAGAAAUUCUUUUUAACGUUUGUAUAAUUUUAUAGGAAUUAUAUCUAUAAAUUGUAUAGUUGUCUCAAUUGAAUUCGAUUGGCUUAUUAAGAAUGAAGGAUCAGUCAUUCAGAAUGCUUUUGUUCAA